UCUCAGCAUCAGCAACAGCAAUUUGUGAUUGGUGGUACCGGAUAUUCAGUUGUACAUCCCCACAUCAAUGCACUGCCAAUGGGUUAUAUCCUGUGUUGUGACCUCAUGGUUUAAGUGGGAAUAAAGAUGAGUAUAAGCAGUGAUGAGGUCAACUUCUUGGUAUAUAGAUACUUGCAAGAGUCAGGAUUUUCUCAUUCAGCGUUUACCUUCGGUAUAGAAAGCCAUAUCAGUCAAUCAAACAUAAAUGGUGCCCUUGUCCCACCUGCUGCAUUGAUUUCUAUCAUCCAGAAAGGUCUACAGUAUGUAGAGGCAGAAGUUAGUAUUAAUGAGGAUGGUACCUUGUUUGAUGGCCGACCAAUAGAGUCUCUGUCACUGAUAGAUGCCGUAAUGCCUGAUGUAGUACAAACAAGACAACAAGCUUACAGAGAUAAGCUUGCACAGCAACAAGCGGCAGCUGCCGCAGCUGCUGCAGCUGCCACAAACCAACAAGGAUCUGCAAAAAAUGGAGAGAACACAGCGAAUGGGGAGGAGAAUGGAGCACAUACUAUAGCAAAUAAUCAUACUGAUAUGAUGGAAGUGGAUGGGGAUGUUGAAAUCCCUCCUAAUAAGGCAGUCGUGUUACGGGGCCAUGAAUCUGAAGUUUUCAUCUGUGCCUGGAAUCCCGUUAGUGAUCUCUUGGCAUCCGGGUCUGGAGACUCAACAGCAAGAAUAUGGAAUCUUAGUGAAAAUAGCACUAGUGGCUCCACACAGUUAGUACUUAGACAUUGUAUACGAGAAGGAGGGCAAGAUGUCCCAAGCAACAAGGACGUGACAUCUCUAGAUUGGAAUAGUGAAGGUACACUUCUAGCAACUGGUUCAUACGAUGGGUUUGCCAGAAUAUGGACUAAAGAUGGUAACCUUGCUAGCACCUUGGGGCAGCAUAAAGGCCCUAUAUUUGCAUUAAAAUGGAAUAAAAAAGGAAAUUUCAUCCUAAGUGCUGGAGUAGACAAGACUACAAUUAUUUGGGAUGCACAUACCGGUGAAGCCAAGCAACAGUUUCCUUUUCAUUCAGCACCAGCAUUGGAUGUUGAUUGGCAGAGCAACAACACCUUUGCUUCCUGUAGUACAGAUAUGUGCAUUCAUGUCUGUAAAUUAGGACAAGACAGACCUAUUAAAACAUUCCAGGGACACACGAAUGAAGUAAAUGCUAUCAAAUGGGACCCAACUGGCAAUCUCCUGGCCUCCUGUUCUGAUGACAUGACUUUGAAGAUAUGGAGUAUGAAACAGGACAAUUGUGUCCAUGAUUUGCAAGCACAUAAUAAAGAAAUUUAUACUAUCAAGUGGAGUCCAACAGGGCCAGGGACAAAUAAUCCAAAUGCCAACCUUAUGUUAGCAAGUGCAUCCUUUGAUUCUACUGUUAGAUUAUGGGAUGUAGACCGAGGAAUUUGCAUCCAUACUUUGACAAAACACCAAGAGCCUGUGUACAGUGUAGCUUUCAGUCCUGAUGGCAGGUAUCUGGCAAGUGGUUCUUUUGACAAAUGUGUGCACAUCUGGAACACACAGACAGGUGCUCUAGUUCACAGCUAUAGGGGAACAGGUGGAAUUUUUGAAGUUUGCUGGAAUGCAGCAGGAGACAAGGUUGGAGCCAGUGCAUCAGAUGGUUCAGUUUGUGUAUUAGACCUUCGGAAAUAGCGCUACUAGUUGGAAGCCAUGGACCGACUAUGAAUGUGUACAUAGCCAAAAUGACUGUCCCUGACCCAUGUACUGCUAUAGUCCCACGUGAACCAUGGCCAGUCCACUACAGCCAAAUCUAAAAGAAAUAUAUACAUACAGUGUAUAUAAACAAAAUUGCACCCUGAAGAUGACAGAAUUUUGUCACAGCUUGUGAAUUCUGUUCACCAAGUGCUGGAAUCUAAUCUGCUGUGCCCCUAAAAUAGCAUUUAGAAGUUUUGGAUAUGAAAAACAGAAGAGAGAAAGAAAUAUGCGUUAUAAAAGCAGCCCAUACAUUUACCAGUUUUUGGAUACUAAUGACAGCCUUGUUUCUCCCCCUUUGAAUCAGCAGACACCAUGGAUUAUAUUCUUUUUUUCCCUUCAGUAGUUGAGCAAUUUGUAUGUACAGAGAAAUGGACUUACAAAAACCUGCAGCAGUAGUUUGUUCUUGCUUUUAAACUUUGUUUUUGGUUUAGUUUAUGGAUGCAUGAAGUAAGGGAGUGAAUCAGUUUCUUGUUUAUAUUUUUUCAUCUUUUAAACAAAAAAUUCUUAAAAAUAUUUUAAUUCAUUCUUUUGAAAACAUAAAUGUUUGGUACAUUUUAUGGCUCCCAGAGCAUAUAUUCAAUUGGUGCAUGUUGUGGAAGGGGAAAUCGGAAAUUAAAUGAAAAUAUAUGACUUUGGUCACGUCAAUCUGUAAGACACAUCAGUAAAAGGGUAUUAUGCUCUGUUUUUUUGUUUGUUUGUUUUGUUUUUGUUUUUUUGGUGAUGUGGCUUAAAUGCAGUAGUUUUUUGGGGGGGACAUUUCUGCCAAUUAAAGACUAGAAGGGCACAAAAAAACUUUUUUAAUACCAUAGAGAAGAUACAUUAAAAAAAAUCUUCUGAUGUUUUGUAGCCAUAACUAAAUUAUGGUUAAAAUGUGCACUAUUGUGAAAAGGAGCAAAGUAGGUUUGGGUUUUUUGUUGUUGUUGUUGUUAGUUUGUUUUGCUUUGUUUUUUUUUUAAAGAGAUUAAACUGUUUCUGGAUAAGGAUUAGCUUCUCCAAGUGUCCAUCAUUCUGUAUAGAAGCUUAAAUAUGUAAUGUAACCAAACUCCAGUAUUAAAAAUCUCAUGUUAUUUUCCUUUAUACAAAGCAAGAUAACGGCAUAUAACACUGCCAUUACAUGGCAAAAUGUUAGCUACCUUAGUUUAAAAACAAUCUUUAAAACAAAAGACUUGCUUCAAGGUGUUUUUAAAUAGCAGUGGUUCCGGUUUUUUAUUUUUAUUUUUUUAAAGUAUAAUUGCACUAACCUCCCUGCUGCUCUGAUUCUGCAUUUGUGGUACUAGUGACUACAUUUUUUCAAAUAUAGAUAGAUUUAAGCUGCUAUUUUUUUUCCCCAGUAAUCACUACUAUAUCAUGUCUUUUACUCUGUUUAUAAUAUCAAGUAUCUUCUUAAGGAUAUAGAUAUCCAAUCAAACCUCUUCUUGUGCUCAUACAACUAAAAGCUAAAAUUUACAGAAUUUACAAUGAUAGCAUGGGGCUGUAUGUGUGAUUAACAGGGUUUGUCAUGAUUAAGAACCAGUGUCAAUUUUGAAGAGAAUAGUUGUCCAAUUUAUAUCUCAAAGAUUUUAAUUAAGAGAUCACUUAUUAUCAAACUUAGCAAAUUUAUAACACUAUUUUCGUCACUAAUUAUUUUGAGGCCUUUACUACUAAAAUUUUAACCUGUGUUUUAAACAAACUGAUUUAACCCAAGUAAUGCAGCUUUGAUUUUCGGCAUUUGUUGUUUUGCUAUUUUUAUGGAACAGCAUUGAUUGAAGCAAGUCUUGGUUUUACUAAGGUAGGAUAGCAUUUGCUAUUGGUAAAGAAAAUAAAUACACUUAAUUCCAUAAUACAUUGUUAUAUGUACCCCAGUUGUUGUUAGUGGGGACUAUGAUACUGUAAUAAUAUUUUUAAAAAUUUACAUCCAGAAAGGCAGUCAUUCAUGAUGGUUUUGUGCCAGCAGUUUUUAGGGUUUUGGAUCACAUUAUAGAUAUUUAGAACUAUUAUCCUGUGACUUAUGUAGGAAACCUAAUAUGCUGAGUAUCUGGCACUUGAAAUCCUGCUUUUAUUGCUGGAGGUCCACAUCCGUGGUUGACCUCUGUUGUUGUUUUAAAAAAAUAAAUAAAAAUAAAAAAAUCUGUGCAAUAAUUUUUAAAUGUGCUCCCAGGAAUAGACACAAAUGUUUUGAGUAUGUUAAGCUGCAUUUUCCUUUAGCGAUGCAUUUGUCAAUUGCACUGAAUUUAAAUCUGAAAGUCAGAGGUGAUUAUUGAUAGUACUUUUGUAUUUUGAUAUGGACAAUUUAUUCAUUUGCAUACAGUUAUUGACUUUUUCCCAGCUGAUUAAAAGAUAGUCAAGAAGUUCUGCAAUAUAGCUGCCAAAAUAGACAGCUAACAUUUUUGUUAUUAUCACCUUUUUUUUUUUUUAAUCUUUUAAGUAGCUAUUUUACUUAAGCAUAAUAGCCACAAUAGGACAUAUAAAAGAUUAUAAAUACAGAGCUUUAUUAUCCCUAUGUCUUGGGUCUUUUAAGUAUAAACUUUUAUCUGGAAGGUAUCCAUUUUGUAGGCUUGGGUUCUUUGUGAACAUACAGUUUAUUUUUGCUGCUGUUCUCAACAUCAUCAUUGCCUGCUGAUGUGCCACGAUGCUGCUCCAAUAGACAAAAAUCAGAUUGCCUCUUAAUUUGAGCAGUAACAUGAUUGUAAGAGACCAAGUUUCACAGCCUGUAAAGUUCUAUAUUUGAGGUUCUUGCUCAUUUUCCCUUCUGUUUUUUUUCUGAGAACUUAUUCCUGAAGCUCAACUGAUUCCAGUAGAUUUUCUGUGAUAUUCAUUAUAUAUCAUCGUUGUAUAGGCUACUGUAAGAAACUUACAAGGAAAAAUAGAAAGGAAAACUUGAAUGAGUAGAAUACUCAUUGAUUAAAAAAGAAUAAAGAGCAGCUGUCACUCUUAAACAUCAUAAAGAAAUCUUUCUUCUUCAUGUAGGAAAUCCUAUAAGUUCUUAACAUUUGUUCCAAGCCCCAUUUUCUGUCAUUGAUCAGGUACCAUCAUUGACUUUCAAGUGACUUUUAGAGGUGGUAACUUUUAAUUUCCUAAUAGGUUUUAGAGUGCAUUGAAUUCUGUUUUAAUUAUUCUCUAGGUAAGUAUGUUUUAGAAUUAAACACCUUAACAGAUACUGAAAGUGCCUCCUUUUGUGGUGUAAAAAACAAAUUAUGGUGCAAAAAGUAAUCAUUAGAUUGAAUUACAUGAAGGGGUUUUUUUGCUUUUUGACAUAUAAAAAUGUCAAGAGAAAGGCCAAAGAUUUGUACAUUUUCACUUAUAAAGCACUCCUUUUUUCCUUAAACUUAUUUCUGUCAAAUUAGAUUUAAUGAUAGAGUACUAUUUUUAAGGAGCUGUUUAUGUAGAAUGAUUUUGUUAAGAGUAAUGUAAAUUAUUAUUGAGUAGAGGCCUGAAGAGGAGUAUGCAUUUUUGCUAUUUAAAGGAAUCACAAAGGACCAUCCUUAUGUGUUUAAAAAUGUUGUUUUACUAGAGAAGCAGAAAAAUAAAUUUCAAAUACAGUGCUAUUUACUCUUCCCAAAGCAGUUUUCAUUUUCUUAAGCACAUUGCACAUUUCUAUAGAACCUGUGUUUAUCCUCACAUGCUAAGGAUGGUACUUGUAUUUGGUGAAUUACUGUUGACAGUUUCCACAGAAAUCCUAUUUCAGUGGACCAACAUUGUGGCAUGGCAGCAAAUGCCAACAUUUUGGGGAAUAGCAGCAAAUCUACAAGAGACCCUGGUUGGUUUGUGGGUUUUUUUGUUUGUUUGUUUGUUUGUUUGUUUCCCUUUUGAAUCAGCAGGGAUGGAAGGAGGGUAGGGAAGUUAUGAAUUACUCCUUCCAGUAGUAGCUCUGAAGUGUCACAUUCAAUAUCAGUUGUUUGUUUUUUAACGUGAUUCUAGUUAUUGUAGAUGAGAGAGAGAAAAGAGGAAGUGUUCGCUUUUUUAAUACACUGAUUUAGAAAUUUGAUGUCUUAUAUCAGUAGUUCCGAAGUAUUAAUAGCAUUCUUUAUUUCUGCCUUUACUUUGACAGUGUUGAAGCAGGGUGAAUAACUAAGGCUUCCCACCCCCACCCCAAACCCCACCCCCCAGUAAGCUGUUUCAUGAUGUUUUCUUUGGAGUUUCUGAAUAAGUUCAAGAAAACAUUCUGCAUGUUGUAUCUAGUCUGAUGUACUUAUCCAUCUCAUUAAAAACAAACAGACUGCAUUUUGUAGCUCUGUAAUCCCUAAAUACAGAAGUAAUUUUCUUCUUUCCUGACUUUGACAUUGUAGCUAUACUGUUCUAAUUUUGAUUUUUACAAAUCCUUUGGGUCUAAUUCUGUGAGCCUACCUAUAGCACUGGAUUAAAAUGUCUGUAUCAUUUCUUUAGUUAUCCAGUUAACUUUAAAACUGUUGUAAAAGUGUAAACCAGCCCAUGACAGUUUUUUGUACAUGUUAAAGAACUUUAUUGUUCAGUUUUCAUGAUUAUUGUGUAAGGAAGACUGAUUAUAGAUGUUCUAUGCUGUCCUGGACCAUGUUAAUUACACUUAUGAUGUCUUUUGGUUCCACAUCACAAUGAUUUGUCCCCAAUGACCCUUUUAUCCUUUCUAGGCACAUUUUUUGUUGUUGUUGUUGUUGUUGCAGUUUCCCUUUGCAUUGUAUUGCUUUGACAACUGUAAUUUGAAUCAGAUCUGAAAGAGGUCCAGAAUAAAAUAUAUUUUGAUAUUA